UAAAGAACUCUCCAACAAGCCGAACGUUGCAGUUAUGAAUAAAAGGAACAAAACGACACCCCAGCUCACUGCUACGGGUGUUGGGAGUGAUGCUUCGCAAAGCACCUUACAGGCGGGUGCCGACAGGACAGCGUCGAUUAAGCACACGGAUUCCCUCCACCAGGGGGGUAACUGGAGCAAGGAGAUUGAGGCGAGAUCCACUAAAGACAGAUCGGCACAAACUGGAUUGACCACCGAGGAACAAUCAUUGUCGUUGACUUCAUCGUCGACGGCCGUAACACCUACUAGUACCUGCAUCAAUCAACCGCCGGCUUCGGUCGACGUUGCAAAGGGUGAAAAAGCCACCACUUCGAGCGAUGCCGCGUCGGAGGACCUACUAAACAAUGCAAAAAGAAUUAUAGCGAUGGGCUUUUCUGAAGAGAGCACCACCGCCGCGCUGGAAAUUUGCGCUAAUAAUCCAGACCGUGCCGUCGAGUAUCUUCUGAACGAGAGCGUGGACGGGUUAUCAGCUAGUGCUGGUGGUGGCACGACCGGUGACGCUUGGGGUUCGCUUGAGGUUCUUCGUGAAAAUCCAUUUUUUGGGGAAAUGAUGUACCAAAUGAGAGAGCAGCCCGAUCGGCUACCUAUGCUACUGAAUAUGUUCCAAUAUAGAUAUCCGCAGCAUAUGCGGAGCAUCGCCGAUAACCCGAAACAGUUUCUGAAACUGAGCAAAGAUGCCCCGCAGACGGCACCAAUCAGCUUGCCACCAUCGCAAAGUAUUACCACCGAACUGGUUGACAGUGUGCCGUUGCCGUCUGCCACUAACGCAAUUGAUCGUCUCUCGGGUACGACAAAUGAACGAACAACGAAGCGGUGA